AUGACCAGAAUUAGACGAGGAUAUAUCGCUCGGAGACGUAGAACAAAAAUUCGUUUAUUUACCUCAAGCUUUCGAGGGGCUCAUUCAAGACUUACUCGAACUAUUACUCAACAGAAAAUAAGAGCUUUGGUUUCGGCUCAUCGGGAUAGAGGUAGGCAAAAGAGAAACUUUCGUCGUUUAUGGAUCGCUCGCAUAAACGGAGUUAUUCGCGAAAGGGGAGUAUCAAAUAGUUAUAAUAGAUUAAUACAUGAUCUGUAUAAGAGACAGGUAUUUCUUAAUCGUAAAAUACUUGCGCAAAUCGCUAUAUUAAAUAAGAAUUGUCUUUAUAUGAUUUCCAACGAGAUCAUAAAGUAA